AUGAACCGCGACGGCUCCACCGGCAGCCCUCUGAUCGCCAGCCACGAGUCCGCGACCCCGGCCGCCGCCCCUGGCGAAACGAGCCCCGGGGGGGCCGGCCCAGGUCUCGCAGGCUCCGGCAGUUGCCAGCGCUCCGGCGCCGGGCGACCGGCGGCAGCCAACGCGGCGCGGGAGCGCAGCCGCGUGCAAACCCUGCGUCACGCCUUCCUGGAGCUACAGCGCACGCUGCCGUCCGUGCCACCGGACACCAAGUUGUCCAAGCUUGACGUGCUGCUGCUGGCCACCACCUACAUCGCACACCUCACCCGCAGUCUGCAGGACGACGCCGAGGCCCCGGCGGAACCUGGGCUUGGCGCCCUCCGAGGGGAUGGGUACCUGCACCCGGUGAAGAAAUGGCCCAUGAGAUCAAGACUAUAUAUUGGUGCUACUGGUCAAUUUCUGAAGCACUCUGUCUCUGGAGAAAAACCAAAUCAUGGCAGUACUCCUUCAGACUCCCAGCCUUAG